CGUGUUUAGGGUAUUAAAAUAUCAAUUUAUUUGGCGUAUAUCAAGCGAUAUUAGUAUUUGAGGGAAAUAUUUUGAUAUUUUUAUGACAUUUGUUGCAUUUUGCUAAACCGCGCCAAGAUAGGAGAAGGCGUCGACUGGCGUUGGAAUGUACCAUUCUGUCAACGCCGGGGAAGAUUUUUUUUUUUUGUGUUGUGACAGCGGAGUCGAAACCCGGCGGUGAGAGUCGAUAAAGCGAAGGCGACCAGGAAAAGCUUCGCUUUGCUCUAUCUGUUGUUUUUGUUCGUUUAUUUAUUUAUCCUUUACGUUGACGCCUAUGGAACUGGCGUCGUCGAGGCUACCUUAAGCGUUUGCUCCGAAUGUCCACUGCGUGAGCAGACAGGUUGCUUGUUGAGUCCCAGUUGUAGGUCAUUGCAUCUGGCAUCAACGAUGGCCUUCAGCAAAGGUUAUCGCAUCUACCACAAGCUGGACCCGCCCCCUUACAGCGUCAUCGUGGAGACGCGCGCCCGGGAAGAAUGCCUCAUGUUUGAAUCGGGGGCCGUCGCCGUCCUCUCGGCGGCCGAGAAGGAGGCCAUAAAAAACACGUAUUCCAAGAUUGUGGACGCCUACGGGAUCUUGGGUGUCCUCCGCCUCAACUUGGGCGACUCCAUGCUCCACAGCCUGGUGGUGGUGACGGGCUGCAGCUCGGUGGGCAAAGUGCAGGAGUCGGAGGUGUUCCGCGUGACUCAGACGGACUUUGUGUCCCUGAAGAACGACCCCGGCGAUGAGGAGCGCAUCGGCGAGGUGCGCAAGGUGCUCAACUCGGGUCACUUCUACUUUGCCUGGUCCGCCUCGGGCGUCAGCAUGGACCUCAGCCUCAACGCGCGCCGACGCAUCCUGGAGGACACCACGGACAACCGCUUCUUCUGGAACCAGUCCCUGCACCUGCACCUGAAGCACUACGGCGUCAACUGCGACGACUGGCUGCUGCGCCUGAUGUGCGGCGGCGUGGAGAUCCGCACCAUCUACGCCGGACACAAGCAGGCCAAGGCGUGCAUCUUCUCGCGCCUCAGCUCGGAGCGGGCCGGCACGCGCUUCAACGUGCGCGGCACCAACGACGACGGGCAGGUGGCCAACUUUGUGGAGACGGAGCAGGCCAUCUUCCUGGACGACAGAGUGUCGUCUUUCAUCCAGAUCCGCGGCUCCAUCCCGCUGUUUUGGGAGCAGCCGGGCAUCCAGGUCGGCUCACACCGCGUCAAACUCUCCCGAGGAUUUGAAGCCAAUGCGCCGGCCUUCGAAAGACACUUCACUGCCCUGAAGAGGUUGUACGGCAAACAAGUGAUCAUCAAUCUGCUCGGCAGUAAGGAAGGAGAACACAUGCUCAGCAAAGCCUUUCAAAGUCACUUGAAAGCGUCGGAGCACGCCGCGUCCGUCAAGAUGGUCAACUUCGACUACCACCAGAACGUGCGCGGCGGAAAGGCGGACAAGCUGCACAGCGUGCUCAAGCCGCAGCUGGGCAAGUUUGUGGAGGAGUGCGGCUUCUUCUACUACUCGGGAGAGAUGGGCAUCGCCAGGAGCCAGGGUGGCACCAUCAGGACAAACUGCCUGGACUGUUUGGACAGAACUAACAGCGUCCAAGCCUUCUUUGCCCUGGAGAUGCUGGCCAAGCAGCUGGAGGAAAUGGGCCUGACGGAGAAACCUCAGCUGGUGGCCCGCUUCCAGGAGGUGUUCAGGACCAUGUGGUCGGCCAACGGCGACUCGGUCAGCAAGAUCUACGCGGGCACCGGUGCCCUGGACGGCAAGGCCAAGGUGGUGCACCCGCACGGGGCUCACGCCGAUGUCUUGAAAGAGCGCCGCCGUGCCGUGUGCAUUCUCGCGUGCUCUCUCUUAACUCUCGCGUUUGUUGAUGAUUCCCCCCCGUCAUUUUCUUUGAUUUCAUCUUUGAAUAUGCACAGUAGAAUCGAAGAGCCAGUCCAGGAAGUGUAUCCCCAAUGCUUGCGUGCACACACUCAUUUGGGCAACCCCACUUUUUGUGCAGCCUCCCCCAGGGUGCUGCUGGGCAUGUGCCAGAACCACCGCAAGUACACGCGGCCCAAGCAGAUCCGAGUGUGCGUGGGCACGUGGAACGUCAACGGCGGCAAGCAGUUCCGCAGCAUCGCCUUCCGCAACCAGACGCUCAACGACUGGCUGCUGGACGCCCCCAAGAUCGCCGGGCACCCCGAGUUCCAAGACAGCAAAGCCAACCCCGUUGAUAUUUUUGCCAUCGGCUUUGAGGAAAUGGUGGAGCUGAACGCCGGAAACAUCGUCAGCGCCAGCACCACCAACCAGAAGCUGUGGGCCGCCGAGCUGCAGAAGAACAUCUCGCGGGACCACAAGUACGUGCUGCUGGCGUCGGAGCAGCUGGUGGGCGUGUGCUUGUUCGUCUUCAUCCGCCCGCAGCACGCGCCCUUCAUUAGGGACGUGGCGGUGGACACGGUGAAAACGGGCAUGGGCGGCGCCACGGGCAACAAAGGGGGCGUGGCCAUCCGCCUGCUCUUCCACACCACCAGCAUCUGCUUCGUGUGCUCGCAUUUCGCUGCGGGACAGUCGCAGGUCAAGGAGAGGAACGACGACUACAACGAGAUCACGCGCAGGCUCAGCUUCCCCAUGGGUCGCCUUCUCUACUCUCACGACUACGUUUUCUGGUGCGGCGACUUCAACUACCGCAUCAACCUGCCCAACGAGGAGGUGAAGGAGCUGAUCAGGCAGCAGAACUGGGACGCGUUGACGGCCGGCGACCAGCUCUUUGACCAGAAGAAUGCCGGAAUGGUCUUCCGGGGAUUCAUUGAGGGCAAGCUGGACUUUGCGCCCACGUACAAGUACGACCUUUUCUCCGAAGACUACGACACCAGCGAGAAGUGCCGCACGCCCGCCUGGACCGAUCGAAUCCUCUGGAAGCGCAGGAAGUGGAACUUUAACAAAACAGCUGAGGAGAUGAACGUGGUGGGCGCGGUGUCGACGUCAGCCGAGUACGAGGAUGACGCGGAUUACCCCUGGAGCCCCGGGACCCUCAAGUAUUAUGGCAGGGCCGAGCUCAAGACCUCAGACCACAGGCCGGUGGUGGCUGUCAUGGACGUGGACAUCCUGGAGGUGGACCCGGAGGCCCGGCACCAGGUCUACAAGGACGUCAUCGCGCUGCAAGGCCCCCCCGACGGCACGGUCCUGGUCUCCCUGUGCUCGUCGGGACCUGACGACUACUUUGACGACGCGCUCAUCGACGAGCUUCUCGACAAGUUUGCCAACUUUGGCGAGGUCAUCCUCAUCAGAUUUGUUGAGGAGAAGAUGUGGGUGACGUUCCUGGAGGGUUACUCUGCUCUGGCUGCUUUGUCCCUCAGCGCGUCGACUGUUCUGGGCAAGGUGUUGGACAUCCGCCUGAAGAGUCCCGGCUGGAUCAAAAGCCUGGAGGAGGAGAUGAGCGUGGAGCGCAUCUGCGGCAGCAUCCCCACCUCGGCCAGCUCCACCCUGCUGGCCGAGGACGCCGACAUGGGCGACGACGACGACUACGACAUGGAGGGCGACGUGGACGAGGAGGUGGAGGCCGUCCUUCCGCAGCACCUGCAGCCUUGCGCCGGCUCGGCGCCGGGCUGGUCGCCGCAGCCUUCGCCGCGGGCCAGCCCCUGCGCCUCCCCCACCCACGGAGAGGCGCCGCCGCCGCCGCCCGGCAGGCCCGGACGCGCCGCUCAACCGGCCCGGCCAACUCAAGGUAAGCUUUCUCGUGUUGUACGGUGGCGCCUUGACGCGCGAGUGAGACAAAUCACAGGGUUUCUCAAAACAUGCGGCAUCAAUCUUCCCCCUCGAGCAGGCGUGAUCAGCGUGCCUCCGCAGGCUCGUCCCUCUCCUCCGCUCCACCCCGGAGCUCCCCGCCCCGCCCCCGACGUGCACCCGGGGGCCCCUCGACCCAACGCCGACGCCCACCCCGGGGCCCCUCGACCAGUACCCGCUGCCGCGGCUAAAGCGGCUGAUCUUUCUCUAGGGCCCGCGCUCCCGACGGUGCCCCCUGCCGUGAGGCCGUCGGUCCCGGCGCCCAUGCAACCACAACCCGCCGGCCCGGCCCAGCCGCAGCUGCCUCCCCCCAUGCUGCCGACACCUGCCGCCGCCCCCGCGCAGACGCUGGCCUCCCCGAAGCCGCCGCCCCGUUCCCGCUCGCAUCACGCCCUGCCGUCAGAUGCCGCCAAGGGCGACUCGGCCACGCAGACGAACGGACUGAACGGCGUCCAAUCCAAGCCCAAGGCCCCGGACGCCCUCGACUUCCUGCCUUCGCAGCAGAGCUCCCGAUCCCUGACCCGCGGCUCCUCCCUGAGGAGUCCGCCCUCCGUCCCCGCCUCGUUGUCGUCCUCGAUGUCCGCCGCCCUUCUUCUCCCGCCGCCGCCGCCGCCCGCAAUGCCUCGCAGUCGCUCGCAGGAGACCCUGCGCACCUCCCCGAACCCUUUAUCCGCAGAGCCGCUCCCCGCCCGGCCCUGCAGCACCAACCCGUUUACGGGCCGGCGCGACUGGGCGCCUCUCGUCCCCACCGUCCCCGCCGCGGUUGGCCCGCAACGCCUGUCCCGGGGCGCGUCCCUGAUCACACCCUCGUCGGUCAUGCAGACCGUCCCGCCGCCCCGCCGCCAGCCCCCGAAUUGGGUUACUUUCAACGACGACUUCCCGCUUCCGGCCGUACCCGCCGCCAAGCCCCCCGGCUCCGCCGCCGUCGCCGAACCGGACUGGUUAACGAAAGCCGUUGCCCCCUCGGGCCCUCCUCCUGAGUUUAACCUCUUCCCCGAGCCGGACUGGUUAACCCCCGCCCCGGCUUUCCACGCGCACCGGGCUAAAACUCUGCCCCCCAACACGACCCUCUUCCCCGAACCGGAUUGGUUAAGCGCCAUGCCGACCCUUCCUCCUCCGCCUGUCCCAUCGCGCUCUGGGGCCGCUGCCCCCAAACACCCUGACGGAUCUGGUCCCGGCUGCCUCCUCUUUGCCAGAGAGCCAACUGAACGCUGAUCUCAAGACAUCUAUCUGUGGAUCCAUGACGUAUACAUAUGUACACAGUAUAUUUGUCUGUUCGUGUGAGAGUAUUUAAGACGAGCUAAAACGUGUGCGCUCUCAUCUUCCACUUUAGUCCCUCGAUUUUAAAAAAAACAAACAGAUCUAUAUAUUAUGAGCCGUGGCGCCUGUGCAAUAUCAACGUCAGUUUCUGUGCUUCCCAACAUUUCCAGUAAUGCCUUGAUGUAAGAGUUGCAACUCAUCUUUCCUCAUUGAAAUGAAUGCUCAAGUUCCAGCACCUCAAAAAAAUGUCCUAUUUUUUCACAAGGAAUAUUGUCUUUACUGUGUAUACACAGUAGUAACGUUCGCUCCCCACAAAUCCUGAAAAAAA